CCCGCGCGGGAGCUUUGGUUAGGAAACAGUCGACUUUGAGGGAAACAAGAAGGCAGAAGAUCAUGGCUAUGAGGAGCGAGGCCAGGGUGGAGACAGAGGUGGAGGAGGAAGAAAACUUCGGGCCACAGCCUCUGAGCAGACUGGAGCAAUGUGGAAUUAGUGCCAGUGACAUCAAGAAACUGGGAGAAGCAGGUUUCCACACCAUCGAGGCCGUGGCCUAUGCGCCCAAGAAGGAGCUGCUCAACAUCAAAGGCAUCAGUGAGGCCAAAGCUGACAAAAUUCUAACUGAAGCUGCCAAACUUGUGCCCAUGGGUUUCACCACAGCUACUGAGUUCCACCAGAGGAGAGCAGAGAUCAUCCAGAUUUCUACAGGCUCCAAGGAGCUCGACAAACUGCUGCAGGGUGGGAUUGAGACAGGCUCCAUCACAGAGAUGUUUGGAGAGUUUCGGACGGGGAAGACCCAGCUGUGCCACACACUCGCUGUCACCUGCCAGCUGCCCAUCGAUCAGGGGGGUGGAGAAGGUAAAGCCAUGUACAUCGACACAGAGGGAACCUUCAGACCAGAGAGACUCCUCGCCGUAGCGGAGAGGUAUGGGCUGGUAGGCAGUGAUGUUCUCGACAACGUGGCCUACGCCCGAGCCUUCAAUACAGACCAUCAAACCCAGCUGCUGUACCAAGCCUCCGCCAUGAUGGCUGAGUCCAGGUACGCUCUGCUGAUAGUGGACAGUGCCACAGCUCUGUACAGAACAGACUACUCAGGCAGAGGAGAGCUGUCAGCCAGACAGGGGCACCUGGGACGCUUCCUCCGCAUGCUGCUCCGGCUGGCAGACGAGUUUGGCGUUGCUGUGGUGAUAACCAACCAGGUGGUAGCACAGGUGGAUGGGGCAGCCAUGUUUUCUGCAGAUCCUAAGAAACCAAUCGGAGGCAACAUUCUGGCUCACGCCUCCACCACACGUCUGUACCUGAGGAAAGGCAGAGGAGAGACGAGGAUCUGUAAAAUCUACGACUCGCCCUGCCUGCCGGAGGCUGAAGCCAUGUUUGCCAUUAACGCUGAUGGAGUGGGUGAUGCCAAGGACUGAGCUGGCAGAGAGGCAGAAAGCCGUGGGGUGGUGUUACAUGUGACUGUCGCACCUGCCCAUUCAUUCUUGGACUAAAAUGUGUGUGCAAUCCUCACCCAUAUACCACUGCCUUCACACAAAGCCUCAGACUGACGGGUCCUCGAGAUGAAAGUUGUAUGAUUUGGUUUGAUGCUGGCUGACACAAAGUGGAUAAGAUGGUCCCAGCUGCAGAUGUGGACAUGGAACAUUUAGGUUUUUUUCAUAACGAAGCACAUUUCACUCAAUAAAGGGGAAAAAAAGCACUUCCCUGCAAUUACGACACAGUAUCUCAUAAUUACAAGAUCUGCUUUGUUAUUAUGAGAUACUGCUUCAUAAUUACAAGAGUUAGUUUCUCCUCAAUUACACAAACAUCUCAUGAGAAUGAGGUCUUUAUCAUCUAAUUAAAAAAUCAGUUGUCUCAUAAUUACAAAAAAAUAUAAAUCCUGACAUAAUUGAGAUACCUAUUAUUGAUUACUUAUUAGAUCUUUAUUGCAUAAUUACCAAAUAUCUAAUAAUUAAUAAUGAGACACUGAGUCGUUACUAAAAGUAACAUCUCCAUUUUUUUUCCUUUAUUGAAUGCAGUGCACCUCUGUAGUUUCAUCCAUGGAGUGAGUCAAAAAAUUGUAAAAACUAUAUUUAAUAGUUUGCGAGAUCUCUUUUUAUUUGUGUUUACGGUGUAUCUGUUGAGUGGUGUCCUUUUUCAGUGUCUGAAAUGUUUUCUGAGAACACUGUUGAAACAUUAUUUUGCGAUCAAAGCAUUCCUAUACAGCUAUACUUUUAUAUCAUUUCUCAAAUUUCAAAGUCUACACCAUUAGUUAUGUCCCUCCUUUGUUUGUCUUUACUAGAACCUUCUGUAUAUAAGCUUCUAAAUUAAAUUUGUUUUACUAUUAAA